AAAUUUGUAUGAGUUGGACGUUUUGUGCUUGGCUUGGUCCAACUUUGUUCUUGAAAACAUCCUUGUGUUUCCAACAUUUCUCGAGCCUUACCUUUUUCUUAGUUCGUUUUUAAUUCCCUUGUCUUUCAUACCGUCUUGCUGCAACCAAGUUUGCUACAAAACCAUCCCGCAGGACACAUCGCAACAAGUCAAAUCGUGCUUCAGCCUCUUUUCGAUAAUCAUCGUGCAGCGUAAUCUGCGCCCCAGCCUGUCCGCCCAAACGGUAAUUCUGCGCGCACGGCAUGUCUUUGCUCCGGAUUGGUGCGACAAUAUGCCUAGUGCUCUGGAUUCCAGCCCCGUGCGACGGCGUGUGCAACAAGCACGCAGAACAGAUCGCCGGCCUGAACCGGACCCGGCUCCGUGAAGUGGUCUCUGUGGUUAUGGAGUUAACCUGUCGGCCGAUGCUAGCUGACCUGAAAGCCCAGUUGGAAAGGCUUCAGCUGCAGCGGGCGGUCCUCGGGGUGCCGACCGGUGAGCCGCCGCCCCGCGACUGCAGCGACCUGCCAACCGGCACCACCAGCGGAGUGCACCUGGUGUGGCCUGGUCUGCAGCACCCUGUACCGGUGUAUUGCGACCUCGACAAGGACGGCGGAGGAUGGACCGUUUUCCAGCGGCGAGCCGACAUCAAACCCAGGCAGAACUUUUAUCUCAGCUGGGAUGCCUACAAGUGGGGAUUUGGAAGAUUCGAUGGCGAAUUCUGGUGGGGCAAUGAGUACCUCUGGCGGAUGACGUCGCUGAUGGACCGACGGUACGAGCUGCGCGUUAACAUGGAGGACUUUGACGGCGUAAAAAGAUAUGCAACGUACUGGAAAUUCAAGAUCAGGUCGGAGGCGGUUAACUACCGCCUUCAGGUGGGCGGCUACGCAGGAAAUGCUGGUGAUAGUCUCACUCGGCACUGCGGCAGACCUUUCACCACCUGGGACAGGAAUAAUGAAAAAACGAAAACAAAUUUCGCCCAGAAAUAUAAGGGCGCCUGGUGGUACCAUCACGGCCACUAUUCCAAUCUGAACGGACUAUAUCUUGCUGGACCACACCCUCGGUCCUACGCCAAUGGCAUCAAUUGGCGCACAUUCAGGGGAUUUAGGUACUCUCUGAAAUAUGUAGAAAUGAAGAUCAGGCCAUUCAAGUCAUGAUUCAUACAAAAUGACUUGGAUGUGUGAUACCGUACUAAUCAUCAGGACCGUGGGAUAUAUCAUAAUCAAAUUGUCCAUGUUUCUGAAACCAAACGCUAACAAACAUACAUCUGACGUCGCACCGGGGACAUAUGCACCCUGCUACCGAAUCCUGCCACAUCAUAUCCCAUAUACACAGCUGCGUUCGCAAUUACAAAUUAGUUUCUUGGCUCAAUGAACGCAUAAUACAACUGACAGUUCGA